AUGUACAAUGCCUGGCUCCUAUGGACUGCAGUGUCCAACGCUGCACGACUCUCUACAGUUCUCCAAAUCCUCAUUUUCCUGCCACUCACUUUGGCGACACUCUCGACGCCCGCCUUCCUCCUUCUCUCCCUGCUACUCAGCGUACACUCUUUGAUCCAUGGCACGAUGAUCCUGAUGUGGGGCAGUGAGGCCCUUUCCGUCCUGCAGGUCCCGAUGCACCCAUUCCUACUCCUCGUUUGUUUCAACGUGUUCUCUUCAUCGGUCAAUCCAUGGCUGGCGACAAUCACCAACCUGUGGGGCACCGUGUUGAAGUACGGUGGCCCCUUGUUCAUCAUGAUGGAGGGACUAUCAAGUCUUUUGGUAGCCCAGAAACUCGGACAGGAGGGCAAGAAAUUUGUGGGGGACGAUGAAGUCCGGCAGUUUGGAGUGCUGAUACUCACCGCCAUCGGAUAUGUAACAUCUGCAUGGUGGAUCGCAGUCUCUUAUCCCGCCGCGGCUGUUUCCCCUCUUUCUUCGACUCUCUUGGGUGUUGCUUUAACUGCGUUCCUCUUUCUCACCAUCAUCGGAUUUGCACUGCGUCGGACAAACAUAAUUGAAUCCUCCAGUUUGCUGCUUUUCCUGGCUUACAACGUGUGGCUCUGUGGAAUCGAUCAAGCGUCAUUCUCGGACCCAGCCUCUUCUUAUGCGCCUCUUCUUCCCAAUAUUCUGGCUCAUUUCCAAGCGCUUCUAAAUUUCGUGACAAAUACACUUCCGAAACCUGUACUCGCUGCACUUCUUUACCGUCUUGCAAUACUCCAUUUAGCUUCCCGCAUUCUACCCACUAUUGGCGGGGACAGCUGGGAAUCUGAUGAGGGCGUCGAUAGUCGAUGGGAUGAUCGGCCGACCUCCACACUAACCCGUAUUCUGCUGACAUAUCGUCAAACCAUCUUUGUUGCUGUAUAUUCUCAUCUGCUCCUGCUUGAUCAUUCUUCACAGGUUUGGUGGCGAUGGAUGAAUGUAUUCUUCACGCUGUUCAUAUGGGGGGUAGAGCUUCUGGUCAGCAACGAAGACGAUGAGGUCGCAAAGGAUUGGAAGGUAGACUAA